UAAUGACACAAAUUCGCGCGCGACUUCUCAUCUUACGCCAGCAGCACCAAGCUCCCAAGCUCAUAGCAAGUCAAGUGCCAACGGUCGUUUUGGAGGGAAAAAUAGUGAGAGAAACGUAAUUGAGCAUUUAUUUAUCGAAGUAGAUAAAUCGUUUCUGUAUAAUCAAUAUAUCAAAGAUGUCGCAGACAUCUAUUACUUCGUUUUUUCAAAGCAGAAAAAGGCCAGCAUCAGAAGAUCUUGUUACAUCUAAAAGCAAAAUACCACACGUAGAUCGAACUGUACCAAGCGGUAAACUUCUUUCAGUAACGAAAUGUGAAAUCAUAGCUAAAGACUUCCAGCAACCUUCUAAAUCUAGUGAGAUUAUACACGAGGAACCAAAACGAAACGCCAUUCAGCAUGCUUCCUCAAAAGAACAGACGAAAGUAGAAUACAUAGCGCCUAAAGCUGCAGCAUUUGGUAAAAAAAUAAAUGCCUCUAAUACACCUAAAAAAACGCAGGCUUCUAAAACAGAGAUUACUGUGUCUUCUCGUCAAGAAUUGAGUCUUGGUGACAUAAAAAAGAAACUAGCUGGGAGUUCGAGGUUAGCCGAGUUGAGAGCUACUGCUGAUAGAUUGAGCAAAGGCAUAAAGGAACUGCAGCAAGCUAGUGAGAAACGUAACCUUCGAGAGUUCAAAUCUAUUGAUGUGGAAGUACCAGUGAGUCCAAGUAAGAAGGCACAGCUUCAGCAGAAUGAAUUCCUAUCUCCCAAAAAAUGUAUGCCAGCACCAGCAACUCCACAAAGGCCACUCAUAUCACCUAGGAAGGUUGUGGUCAGCCCUAUCAAGAGUCCCAAUAAGGUCCCAGCAUACAUCAGACAUGCAGCUCUCGCAUCCACAUCCAGCAGCUUGCCUUUGCCUCAUCACUAUAGAUUCCUCGCUGAACUGUUCCGUGGCAUGGAGACUGUUGUUGCUUUACUCUACAACAGAAAUGAGAAGAUAACUUUUGCUAAACUCAGACCUUCAGUUCAAGAGAUGCUUAAGCGUUCAUUCACACAGAAACAUUUGGCUCAAAUAAAACAUCUAGUACCUGAUUUCUAUAAUUUUGAAAUCCAAAAGGUGAAGAAUUUCAGUACCUCAACUCAAAAAGAACAAUAUGAAUUAAUGAUCUCACCUAACUUUCCUAAUGAUAUUAAAAUCAUGAAUCCAACUGUACUUCUGGAGAGGCGUAGAUACUUUUACGACAUUUUGCUUCAGUUAGUAAAGAAGCACCAUGCACAGUACUUACAGACACUUGACCCUCCUAUGGUGAUCCCUGAAGACAAAUUGACUCGUUGGCAUCCUGAAUUUGAUAUAGAGAAGAUACCUGAGGUUGAGAGUGCCAAGUUACCUGAAAUGCCAAAUGUGGAGAAAUUCUCAAGUGCUCAAGAUGUUCUGGCCAAGGCACGCGAAUUAUUUAAAUGUAACACAAAGAUGGAAAGAGCUUUAGAAAAAUUAGCUCAGGCUAAAGCUCGUGGCCUCACACAGCAAGAAAUGGCUGCAACUGGCAUUACAGACAGCAAACCAAGUAUUAGUAUAAAUGGCAUGGCAAGCACUAGUACACAGACGAGUCAACCUUCCACUAGCACUGUGACUAUAAUGAACCCAGCACUACGCAACCUGCCCACUGCUCUUUUGGAAAAGGUGAAAGCUAAACAAGCUGCCAAAGCUUUAGAAGCCAUGACAAGGUCGACUGAGAAUGACAAAAAGUACAUGAUUUACAGUCGUCUGCCAGAUCUAGCUCGUACUUUGCGAAAUAUCUUUGUGACUGAGAGGAAAAAUGUUUUAGCUCUAAACAUAAUUCUCUCUAAACUAGAUAGUAGCUUCAAAGCUAACAUAUCUGCAAUUGAUCUGCAAAAAGAUAUCAAGGUGCUUACUGAGGAGCUGCCAGAUUUUGUGAAGUUACAUGAAAUAAGGAACAACACUUAUUUAAAAUUAGAUAAGAAUGCUGAUUUGCAGAAAAUUCUGUCUAAGUUAGAGGCUUUAGCUGCAAAAUAUAAAAAUGAGUAAUUAAAAUUAAAUGACUUGACAAAUUAAGACUGAGUAAGUAUAAAACAUAUUUGUUAUAUUAUGAAGAUUACUCAAUCAUUUUAUUAUCGUUUAAAUUAUGUUGUUUUACAUAUAUACAGUUCAACAAGCUACAUGAUAUGAGCUGUAACAGUCUAUGUAUUAAUUGGUAAAUGUUCAAACAACUUAUUUGACCUCAUUUCAAACCAAAAAUAUAUAUUGACAUAGUUGAAUCUUGUAGAUUUAAGCUGACAUCUUAUAUAUAUUAUUUAUUUAAUUACCAUUACUUCACAUAAUUGAAUGUAAUAACAUGAACUAGACUGUGAAACCUUUGAGUUUAUAUUGAUUUAGUUAGUGUGUGUAAUUUUUACUUUCUUUUUCUUUAUUUACUGUGUG